UGUUGAAAAGAGUCGAAACAGAACCCAUUGUGGUGUUGGAGAGGAGUGAGCCGCUGCCUGAGAGAAGAAGAAAAGAGGCAAUUCCGUGACCACAAAGGGACUCGUGAUAAGCGGGCAGAUAUGGACGUUAAUGCACAACACGGGCGCUGUUGUCCUUUGUGAAGAGGACCGCGUCGUCCAGUCGGAAAGAUCCGGUAUAUGAAGAGUUAAGACUCGACAUCCCAACUGUUUAUUUCAGCAGCUAGCAGGCUAACUGGCUAAAUACCUAGGAGCUAGAAAUGGGGAAGCCCGUGUGAGUUUGCUUGAUAGAGAUCUCCGUCGAUCUUUGAAAAAGCUGUUUUCGGUUUAGUUAUUCUCGGCGGUGAUUUAAAGUAUCCGCCGCCCGCCUCGUAAGUAGCCGCAACUUUAAAGAAUGAUAUCAACUGAGCGCUAAGCAUUACACACUACUACUACAGAACCGGAGAGGAAAGUCAUACAGGCCUGCUGGCUCGAGGUUGCACACAAACACCAAGAAGGGAGAACAUGACUCACUGGCCUCUGCCGGAGACUGGCACGGGGCAGCUGUGCCAACCUCGCCCCUGCCUGUUGCUCUAGAAGCUACCCUGUUACAUCAUGACGGAGAGGCAUUGAGGUUAGCUCCCUGACGAUCAUCUCAAUACCUCUCCUCCUCCCUAUCCCUCAAGAGCCCCACCCCCCUCGCCCCCGCCUCGUCCCCAUCAUGCUGCGCUUCCUGCCUCUCAAACUCGGCCGCCUGUACCGCUGUCUGAAGCUCUUACUGGUCGUUGGGUUGUUUGUCAUCUUGUUGAUGAACACCCACAGCCUGUUUGCCUCCUUCCAGAAGAAUGAGCUCACCGACAGACGCUUCAUCAACCUCAACAAGUGUCCCGCCUGCUUCGGCACCAGCUGGUGCCGCAAGUUCAUGAACGGCCAGGUUUCCUUUGAAACCUGGGGUCGCCUGCGAUUCCUAGACGUUUUCAAUGUCAAGAAUGUUUACUUUGCUCAGUACGGGGAGCCCAGGGAGGGCACCCGUCGCGUAGUGCUGAAACGGCUCGGCUCCAAUCAGGAGCUGGCUGAGAUAGACCAGAAAAUCUGCAAGAGGGCCACAGGCCGGCCGCGCUGUGACCUCAUCCAGGCAAUGUACAAGACCGAAUUUUCCCGGAUCAACGGUGACGUUCGUCUGCUUACUCCAGAGGUGGUGGAGGGCUGGUCAGACCUGGUCCACUGCCCCUCUCAGAGGCUGCUGGACCGCGUGGUCCGCAGGUACGCAGAGACCAAAGACUCGGGCAGCUUUCUGCUGAAGAACCUCAAAGACACGGAGCGAAUGCAGCUGCUGAUGACCCUGGCGUUCAACCCGGAACCGCUCGUACUACAGAGCUUUCCAUCAGACGAAGGGUGGCCAUUCGCCAAGUACCUGGGAGCGUGUGGGCGGAUGGUAGCUGUCAACUACGUGGGCGAGGAGCUGUGGAGCUUCUACAACGCACCCUGGGAGAAGAGGGUGGACUUGGCGCGCCAGCUCAUGGACAUCGCCGAGCAGCUCACCAACAACGACUUUGAGUUUGCCCUCUACCUGCUCGAUGUCAGCUUCGACAACUUCGCCGUCGGCCCACGGGACGGAAAGGUCAUCGUUGUUGACGCCGAGAAUGUUCUCGUGGCAGACAAAAGGCUGAUCAAGCAGAACAAGCCAGAAAACUACGACGCGUGGUACGAGAGCCGGUUUGAGGAGUGCGACAGGGAGGCCUGCUUGUCUUUCUCCAAGGACUCCCUUUGUUCCCGGGUCACAGUGGACCACAACUACUAUGCUGUGUGCCAGAACCUGCUGUCGCGGUACGCUACAUGGCGGGGCACCACUGGAGGCCUCCUCCAUGACCCCCCUGCCCACAUAGCCAAAGAUGGACAACUCGAGACCCUGCUGGACGAGUGCACCAGACCCAAAAAGCGCUACGGCCGCUUCCAGGCGGCCAAGGAACUGCGUGAAUACCUCACACAGCUAGCUGCCGCUUCCUCCUCUGCUACGGCCAGGUAAUGAAUGGAGCCGGCGUUAGCCUGACGCACUGAGAGACUGGAUCCUGUACUCUUUAUCUCUGAACUCUUGAGAUCCCGGUUCUUGUACAUGAUGUCAUUCGCUCCCCUUUGUGCACUGGAGCAGGAAGGUGUGACGAGGUCUUGCGUCAGGAAGUGUAAGAAUCAAAACUUCAAAGCAGAUUUGUUAAAGCUCUAGCUUUUACCUGACUUUGCUUCUGUGUGAAAGAGCAGUGUGGCGCUAAGAGAUUUUGGUUAGAAUCAGGAUAGAGAGGGGAUAGAGACAACUUCUCCUCUCCCAGGGUGGGCGGCCAUCCUUGGGGGAGGUGAGAAAGGGCUCCGUUAAACACGCAUCCUUGACUGGACCCGGGCUACCGCAAACCAGAGCAUCCAAGCAAACUAAAGCAGCGUCAUCGCACAGGCCUGACCACAUUCAUCGUCCUGUUCACUCCUCAAUCCAUCACAACUGUUGUGUUUUAUAACAUUGAAUCUCAACACCAGUUUCAUUUUGCCCCUAGGAUGUCAUUUUUAUUUUAUUUUUUUUAUUCUAUUCAGGGCUGAAUUUAAGUACAUGGGUGCGUUUACAUUUUUGCUAUGCCAUGGCUUUUUUCCCCCCCCACUGUAGCAUGGCUGCAGGGAAGGCGGAGGUAGCAUGAAUCUCCUGCUGUCAGGCAGCAGGAAAGGCCAAACUACAGCAGGUAGAGAGGAAAGGCGGAGAGUUGGGGUUUGUUUUUUUUUUUUUUUUAUGCAGGAGAAAAAGAAAACCCCUGGCUAUAUAAGUCUAAUUUCCUGCUACUCCAAUCAAUCACUUGAUUUCCAGGUUCCAGGAUUGUGGCAAUCGUCUUUUUUUUUUUUUUUUUUUUUUUUUUUUUUGUGUGUGUGUGUUUUUUUUUCCUUCCCUUUUCUAUAGGAAACCGAGAGUGAGACAGCUGCACAUAGGAAAAGGAAGGGAAUAAUUGGACAUUGGUGGUCCCUUGAUGCAGAUGUGCCUAUACCAAAGAGGCUAUAUGUAAUAUUAAGAACCCUGAGCAGUACAGAGUGACAGCACCUUCCCCUCCAGUUGUUCCCCAAUAGAGCUCUCCUAAGCAACCGUAAUGUGUACACAAUCCUAUAUGAGCUGGCAGGCCCGCAUUUGGAUCUAUUUUUUCCCAUAGCCCCCUCUGCUUUGUGAUUGAUUGAUAAAUGAUGAACAAAUAGGCCUCAGCAUGCUUUUCUGUAACAUUGUAAAAAACCUCACGACUACAUGAAAGGGGGGGAAAAUGCAGUGAUUCUUAAGAGGGCUAGAAAACACAAUAAAACAGUGUUGUAGUGACCUUGAGUGCCAAAUUCUCUUUUAAAUGUCUAAUUGAUAAAUAAAUCAAAUUUUCAAACUUCUUCCACUAGUGUUGAGCACAGUAAGCUCUAUCAAGUAAAAAAAAAAAAAAAUGAAGAUAUCCUAAAUUACUUCCUCGCUCCAGAAACUGCUUCUGACCUGCACUUUUAAAUUUUGCAGCCUGGAAAUUUCUGUUGAAUAUUUAAACAUUCGCCACUUAGAGGUUGGGUAGAUUUUGCACUCAGAGGACCAACGAAUUAAAGCAUAAUCACAAAUACAGGCUCAUUUGCUAAUGGUUUAUGGGAGAUCUUAACUCCGAUAGACUUAGACCAAAAAAAAAAAAAAAAAAGUCCCUCCCCUCUUUGGCUCCAUAUGUUGAGUAUUUCAUCUGUCUUGAUGUUGUGAAUCAGACGCUAAAUGCCCAGUGGAGUGUUGUGUAGCACAGACAGCCCAAUAAGCCUCCCCCCUCAGUCAGUUAGGAAAUGCAAUAAAGUGAUGUUUGGCUAAAGGAUUUCUGGUUUUGAGCCUCCCUUUCCUUUGUUGUGUCAGAUACAUUUCUGCUUCCCCUGUAUGGAGGACAUUGAACCUGGAGGGAUUUGUAUGUGCGUAACUAACUGUCCACUUUUGUACUGUAAUUUUCUUUUGAGUAUUAUAUCAGCAUUGUCUGAUUUUUCCUGUGCCUUUCAUUCAAAAGUUGUAUUUACAACUUUUAGUGGGUUUAAAUAUU